UAAAAUAAACUAUGCUGAUAAUGAAAAAAAAGUCAUUCAUGAUCAAUGUAAAAAUUCUUUAGAUUCAUUUAUUAAAAAUUAUAUUUUUAAAGAUGAAAAAGAUAUAAAUUCAGAGGCGUUAAAGAUACAUAUUGAAGAUGAGGAUUUAAUUGUAAAUUAG